AUGGCGCAAAGUUGGGACUACAUUGCCAAAAUCGUCUCGCUUGGUGACUCUGGCUGUGGAAAGUCCAGUUUCGGCAGCCGCAUCGUGCCUGUUGGUCCACCUGCCUCAUUAGCCCUCAAAGUCAACAACCCUUCCGCCGACCCGACCCCCAUUGAAACAUCAUCCAACACCGACUCGCAAAAUCAAAAGCACAUGAAACUUUCGUUAUGGGACACGGCCGGCCAAGAGACAUACAAGUCAAUCACCCGAUCGUACUUCAGAGGUGCUAGCGGUGCUUUACUGGUUUUCGACAUCACCCGCCGCGCAACCUUUGACGCCGUGACUGCAUGGUUGAACGACCUUCGCCAGAUCGCAGAGGAGAACAUCAUCGUCGUGCUCGUUGGCAACAAGAGUGAUCUCGCGCCCUCAACAACUAUUUCCGAAGGUAGCGCCUCCGAGAACAAACGACAAGUCACACAGGAAGAGGCCGAGGCAUGGUGCAAAGAGAACAAAGUCAUGGAAUAUGUCGAGACCUCGGCCAAGAGUGGCGAUAACGUCGAAAGAGCCUUCCGUGAGGUCGCUGAGAGAAUAUACCAGAACAUCGAAGCCGGCAAGUAUGACUUGAAUGACCGACGGUCCGGAGUCAAGGGCCCCGGUGCAUCUGCUGGCGGUAACACUGCAAGAACAAUCAAUCUGGGCAUGAACGAUGCUGCUUCUGUACAAAAGCGCGGCAAGCAGGGUGGAUGUUGCUGA